CUAAUAAGGAUAGUGCUAGAACACCAAUACACAUGCACAUGAAAACAACCCUGAGGCUAUUUCACCCCGUAAUAAAAAGUCUGCAACCUGACCUUCUGAGAUCCUAUUUCACCCACAUUUAUUAGUCAUUUUUUUCAUUAAACUCAUGUGAUGUUUUUUUAUCAUUAUUUAUUUAUUUUGUUUGAAAAUAAAUUACAGUUUAGUAUUUGACACAUCUUAGAAGGUAUUGAAGAUGGGCUCAUUAUUUAGAAGAACAAUGCACAGGACCUUAGCCCGGGAAGUAAACGAUCUAUCCAGCGAUGAGGAGCCACUGUUCCAGCCUAGCAUAGCUGAAGACAGUCAGAUUAAUCUUGGUUCAAUCAAAAACAUUGAAAGGUCUGAAAGGUAAUAAGGAACAUCAACACUUACACCAGAACGAAGACUCUGGCUCAAGGAUUCCUGGAUAUGGCCCUCUUCACCGCCAACGCUUCGCAGAUGAAAUAUCUAGUGCAACAGGGCCCUGACACGCAAUUCUACUACUUCCUCUUUGUCUGCCUUUGCAUUUCCAUUGGUCUUCAGCUCAUCGUGGCAGCACUGCUGAUCUACAAAGCCUCAAAGAACAUUGAGUACGAUGAUCCUGAACGCAGGCUCAGCGACAGACUGCACCUGCUGAAUAACAUUGUGACUGGGCUAAUCCUGGUCAUCACUGCCGUCAACAUCUUCAUCACCGCCUUCUGGUUCUCCUCCUCAUCGCCAAGCACCGUGGACCCGGGCCUCACAGACACAGCUGCUGCCACCACACGGCCGUGAUGGGAUCGCAUUUAGGGGCUUCGUGCUGUGCUGAAAGGACUUUCAUAGCCAUUUGCUUUCAUCUGUUGAGGCCCAGUCAGUAAUCAUCUGGGAACAAUGAGGAAACCAAAUAGACUCUUUUGCUUUCGAAUGAGAAAACAACUGCCGCCCCCUCCUUUCCCCCCUUCUAGCAUCUCCUCUCUUCUCUCUUCUCACCAGCCCAGUGAAGAUAACAAACGGCACUCCCUCUGAUUUGUUUAACCCCCCUCUUCUCCCGCAAUACCCAGCUGGGGAGUAGUAAAGAAAGGAGACUACAGUCACAGUAGAGAUGAACCAUUCUUCCCAGUUGUCAUUAAGUCAGAUAUUUUCUUAUGUUGCUGUGCCUUCAGUCACCUUUUAAUUCUGUGAAAUGCAAUAAAAUCUGAUUAAAGACAUAAA